AUGUUUCAAUCUUAUGAUCGCGAUAGUUUUUUCUGUGAGAAUGACGUCGGAAAUGGUAUAAAAAGAGACUUUCAAUGUUAUAACGAAACCGGAUCUAACAAGCAGACCCAGUGCUCUAAAAGACUGAAAAAAUGCGAAGAACUCCAAUCUAACGUUUCACAGUGGCCCGACAAAGCUAGAAGUCUGUCACCAGUGGCGCCACUGAUAGACAAUACUCUUGAGGCGAUCGCGAUGAGCGCGCGAUCGAAUACCAGCACAUCUCACGAAUCGUCGCCUUACGUGGAAGUGGAAGACUACAUUUUGGAGGGAUACGGAUCGCCGCUUAUCAAUGGCAGCUACCAUUCCAGGCUGAGUCUCGAGAACAUCACUCCUGUCAAUUACUGUCUGUACGACAUGGAGGCUGAGGAGUUUGACGAGAGUGAAUACGGAGGGGUGAGCGACGGAAAAACGCUGGUCGAUACUCCUGAGCCGCAGCAAGACGUCGAGAUGAUGGAAUAA